AUGGAUGAAAAUACAAUAAAUUACUUUAAUAACAGUGGAGAUGGAUUUUUGAUGGAAGAAUUCAUGAGUGACGAUUCGGAGUGUAAUGAGAUAACUUCAGCCACACAUAAUGUUGGUGUAGUGAAACUAGCGUCUACAAAAAAAUACGGCCAUAAUAAUUUGGAUGACGCCGACGAGGAAAGCAAUGAAACAGAAUAUCCUAGUUGUUCUAAGGAACGAAAACGUCGCAUCGUGUGGUCAAAAAAUGCGGAAACAUUUUUGUUAGAAUUGUGGGAGAAAUAUUUUGUUGAGUUACGUAGUGUGCGCAAAAAUGCUCACAUAUAUUCAAAAAUUGCAGAACAAUUAAAACAAAAAAGCGGUCAUAAAUUUUCUGGUCAUGAAGUCAAGAUAAAAAUACAAAACGUGCAAUCCAAAUAUCUUGAUGAAAGAAAAAAAAUGGGACUGUCUGGUGGUACAUCAUCCACUUGGGUGCACUUUUCCAAGGUGCAUUCAAUUGUUGGAGAUUAUAAGUCUUUAAACGUAGUACCUUCAGUGAAAGAAGACGCAGAAAGCAGUUAUCAAGAUACCAAUCCAUAUAAUUCAGAUUACGAGUUUCAGUCACCGUCUUUUAGAUCUGAACCCAGAAAGAAAAAAAAAAUUACAGAUAAACAGGAAGAACUCAUAAGUGUAACCGAUACUACUAAUAGAUUUCUAAAAGGAGAGGUAGUAAUAAAAAAUAAAAGAACUAUAAACUCGAAAAACCAAACUGCACUAUUAGAAGAGGAAUACUUAAUAGAUGAAUUCUUGAGUGACAACUCAGAAAGCAGUGAGCCAACGGAGAGUGCCGACGAAGAGAGUAAUGAAACAGAAUAUCCAAGUUGCUCUAAAGAAAGAAAACGUCGCAUCGUUUGGACAAAAUAUGCUGAAAGACUUUUAUUGGAAUUGUGGGACAAAAACGUUGCCGAAUUGCGUAGUGAGCGUAAAAAUUCUCAUGUUUACAGAGAAAUUGCAGACCAAUUGAUAACAAACGGACAUAAAUUUUCUGGUCAUGAAGUCAAGACAAAAAUACAAAAUCUGCAUACAAAGUACAAGUACGUGUUCAAUUAUUGCCAGUGAUUAUUAAUAAUCAGGGA